GUGAGGUCGGGCGGUCAGCCUGUGCUGGAAGCUGCUGGAAGCGGCGGCAGGUUCCUGCCUCACGGGGUGGGCGGGCUGGUACCACCUACCUGCUCAAGCUCGGGAAGCCCGCCCCGCGGGAGGUCAGGCCUGCCUGUCGCGGGGGCGGGGCCUCAGGAGCCUUGGGCCCGGGAGCUAGUUGCCGGGAACGCAAGUCCCGGAGUCCAGAAGCCGAGGAGACAUGGCCGCCCCUCGAGACGCUGAGAUCCGGAAGGACGUGCAGGUGCCAGCAAGAAGGACCUGUAAUGGCCAAGAAGGAGCCUCGGCUGAGUGGGAGCACUAGGCCUUUGGAAGCCCAGCCCGGCCUGCGCCCUUGCCCUCCCCUCCCCCCUCCAACCCCAGGAUCAGGGAGGGGCAAGGGGUGGGUGCAGGGCAGAGUCUGAGCUUAGAGCUUUGCAGGGAGCAAGCCUAGCCAGGCCUGAAUGUGUGGAGAUGGGGUGGUGGGCAUGGGAGCCGUUACCCUGCGCUCACCAGCUCCGGCUCUUCUCUCUCCCCACCCCCACCCGCCCUUGCCCCCUGGUCAGACCUACUAUGGGCAGGUGCUGAAGAAAUCAGCGGACCUCCAGACCAAUGCCUGUGCAACGGCAGCCAGGCCGGUCCCCAAGCACAUCCGGGAAGCCUUGAAUAAUGUACAUGAAGAAGUAGCCCUGAGGUAUUAUGGCUGUGGUCUGGUCAUCCCCGAGCAUCUGGAAAACUGCUGGAUUUUGGACCUGGGCAGUGGAAGUGGCCGAGAUUGCUAUGCGCUUAGUCAGCUGGUUGGUGAGAUGGGACAUGUCACUGGAAUAGACAUGACAGAAGGUCAGGUAGAAGUGGCUAAAAAGUAUAUUGAAUAUCACAUGGAAAAAUAUGGCUUCCAGACCCCCAACGUGAUUUUUCAUCGUGGCUACAUAGAGAAGUUGGAGGAGACUGGAAUCAAGAAUGAGAGUUAUGAUAUUGUUAUAUCAAAUUGUGUCAUUAACCUUGUGCCUGAUAAGCAGCAAGUGCUACAGGAGGUUCACCGAGUGCUGAAGCAUGGAGGGGAGCUGUAUUUCAGUGACGUCUAUGCUAGCCUUGAAUUGCCAGAAGAAAUCAGGACACGCCGAGUUUUGUGGGGUGAGUGCCUGGGUGGUGCUUUGUACUGGAAGGACCUUGCCAUCCUUGCCCAGAAAAUUGGUUUCUGCCGCCCACGUUUGGUCAGUGCCAACCUCAUUACAGUUCAAAACGAGGAACUAGAAAGAGUGAUCGAUGACUGUCGUUUUGUUUCUGCAACAUUUCGCCUCUUCAAACUCCCUAAGACAGGACCAGCUGAAAGAUGCCAAGUUAUUUACAAUGGAGGAAUCACAGGACACGAAAAAGAACUAAUAUUUGAUGCAAAUUUCACAUUUAAGGAGGGUGAAAUUGUUGAAGUGGAUGAAGAAACAGCAGCUAUCCUGAAGAAUUCACGAUUUGCCCAAGAUUUUCUGAUCAAACCAAUUGGAGAGAAGCUGUCAACAUGUAGAGGGUGUUCUGCAUUAGAAUCAAAGGAUAUAAUCACAGAUCCAUUCAAACUUGCAGAAGAGUCUGACUGUACGAAGUCCAGAUGUCCCCCUGAUGUUGCUGGAAGUUGCUGUGGCACAAGUUACAGCUGACCAGAAGACGAGGGCAGGAGGCUAAGGAAUGAGUUACAUAUGUCUUUUAAUCUCCUCUUUUCCAUAGCACAGACCACAAGAAAGAAUAAAUGGCAAAAAGCCACUAUAUUCUAGAUCACUGGUAAAAAAUAACGGAUUAUUUUUAGAAGGUAUUGAUUGAAGUUUGGUAGCAAAUGGCCUAUAGGCUGGUUAAAGAGUUUUUCUCUAUCUUAGCUAAUUCAAAGUUCUGGUGCCACUUAGUGGUCAGAUAUGGAACUGAGAAGCAGCCUGUAGUCCUGGCCAAUGAGCAAGAAAGGCUUCAGAAAUAACAGUUGGCAGAGGGUCUCAGGAAGAACAUCUUCCUUCUGACCUGCAUAGUACCUUUUGGACUUUUACCGUGUUUGCUCAUAAAAUAAAGCUCCUACUGACCUCAUGCUAAUCACGCCAAAAAAUUUGCCAAAUCAAAUUUGGUAGGAGUGCUCUUGAGAUAAUUGGUGUUUUAAAUCAAACACUUUUUUUUUUUUUUUUUUUUUUUUGCGCAAUGGAAUGAAGAAAAUAAAUGAAUAAUAAAUCUC